CCCGCCCGCCUGCCCGCCCGGGCUGCUUUUCUGCUGGUACCGAGUGAGCAGCAGGGAGAGAGAGAUCGUGUCUUGCUCACCCCCUUUAUCUCCAACCCACUUAGUCGUGGAGAGGCAGCUCGAAUGGGCAGAGUCGAAGCUCGAGAAAGAAAGAUGAGCCACCUGGACUCCUCCGUGGGAGAAGCUGAGCACCUCCGGGACUUGGGGUGGUACCAUGGUAAUCUCACUCGCCACGCAGCAGAAGCCCUUCUUCUCUCAAAUGGAAGUGACGGAAGUUACCUCUUAAGAAACAGCACUGGGAAGACCAGUCUAUAUGCUCUUUCAGUGAAAGCCAAAGAAUCUGUCAAACACUUUCCUGUGGAAUACACAGGCUAUUCAUUCAAGUUUGGCUUUAAUGAGUUCUCAAGUUUGAAGGAGUUUGUCAAACAUUUUGCAAACCAGCCCUUGAUUGGGAGUGAAACAGGCACCUUGAUUGUUCUGAAGCAUCCUUAUCCGUGCCAAGUGGAAGAGCCGUCCAUCUACGAAUCGGUCAGGGUUCACACAGCAAUGCAGACAGGAAGGACAGAGAAUGACCUGGUACCCACAGCUCCUUCACUGGGCACCAAAGAAGGAUACUUGACAAAACAAGGAGGACUAGUGAAGACUUGGAAAACCAGGUGGUUCACUUUGCACAGGAAUGAACUGAAAUACUUCAAAGACCAAAUGACACCAGAGCCUAUUCGGACACUAGAUCUAACAGAAUGCUCUGCUGUGCAGUUUGAUUACACACAGGAAAAAGUCAACUGUUUCUGCUUAGUAUUUCCAUACAGGACUUUUUAUUUAUGUGCAAAAACAGGAGUAGAAGCAGAUGAGUGGAUUAAGAUACUGCGAUGGAAAAUGUCACAAAUAAGGAAGCAGCUGGGACAGGACGGUGGCACCACGAGGUCUCAAUCCUUCUUUUAUAAACAGCCCCUUUCUGGAAAGUGAAGCCCGUUCUUCCCCAGAGGCAGACUGUUGUUCUACCAUGUUGCGAAUGCUGGUGGACUUACAAAGGAAAGCUAAUUCCAAGGACAAAGAGAAUGGAUGCGCGGUUGGGUUUUUUGAGAAAAUGGCCCAUUGGCUGAGGUACGGAAACGGCUGCCCUGUCCAGAUACUGCUAUCUCCUGGGGCUGGCUCACCCGGUCAUCGUUUUGGUGGAAAUGUGCACUUGAUAAUAUAAAUAGUUCACUUUUAUACAGCGCUUAAAGUUUUGCAAAGCGCUUAACACAUUCUCUUGUUUCAUCCUUGCAACACCCUGUGAAGUAGGUGCUACUAAAUCUCCCCGUUUUUCAGACGAGAAAACUAAGACUGAGAAAGAUUCAUACAGUUAAUUGUCCAAGGCAGAAUUUGAACCCAGGACUUCUGGACUAUACCCUAUAUGCUACAUAAUGUUGCCUUAAAACCUUGGAUACCAAUGGUGAUUUUAUUGUUACCACAAAAACUUCUCAAGAGUCAAAUGUUCUUCUCUUUCUCGUUGUAAUUCCCAAACUUGGAAGAAUUACAGUCAACGUGUUCUGCAGGCAGCUCAUCUACUCUAUUAUCUGGGAAUGUGACACUCUGGGGAACAUAGCUCUUUUCCUUUCAAUGUUGUUGUUGUUGUUCAGUUGUGUCCAACUCUUCGUGCCCCCAUUUGGGGUUUUCUUGGCAAAGGUACUGGAGUGGUUUGCCAUUUCCUUUCAGUACAAUAAACAUUUAUCAAGUACCUCCUGUGUUCUCAGAACUGUCAUGGGAAUUAAAACUAUUAGGUAAAAAAAAAUAGUAUGAUGAUGAAAAAAAAUUUUUUUUAAAAAAUUAAAACCUGAAAGAUAUCAUAAGUUCAUGUAGCUUUGAGGUCUACAGGCAUUGGUCUUUGGUAAGUAUGGUAAAACAAAAUAAAGCAAAAGCAGCAGUUUUUAUGCUUUUCUAUGGGUUGUUGUAUACAUAAUGGUAAAGUAUAAGGUGUCAGAAAUCAACAAAUUAAAUAGCAUGUUGCUG